CAACCUUUCACUGCGCAAAAGUUUGUAACAACACUUUUAUAACAUCCCUUUCCUGUUCUGACCUUUAUGGAGUAUGUUUGUGUUCUUGCUUCUCAGAUGGCUAAAUGAAGUGGUUUGUUUUAAAGAUGAAUUUUCAAGAUGGACUCUAACUACUUCGUAAUGGUAUAAUUAGUUAAUCAACAGUUUUAGCUCUGUUGAAUUUACAUUCUGACACCAAAUGAAAUGAAAAGAUUAAGCAGGAGGUUUAUCUAAGACCGAAAGAUGAAUCUUCUGUUGCUUUGUACAAUGCUUGUUCUUGGAACGACAAGAGGAAACGAUUACAAUUUUGAUAAUUCCAAAAUAUGUAAAACAGUGACCGAUCUUAACACAGAUGAACCGUUCCUCGAAUGUAUGUGCGAAGACCGUGAAAAUUUCAUUGUGGAUUAUAUUUUUGAUUUUUCAAUCACUCGUAUAGUUAUCAAAGGCUGUGGAGAUGUUCGAAUUCCUUUUGCUUCUUUAACUAAUCUACAGCUUACAGAAAUUGAAUUUGCUGAUCUAAAUAAACUUACUAUCUUUCCUUUUGCUUUGUCAUCAGUACAAGGUGUUUCAAUUUUAAAAAUAUCUGAUGUUGCUGAUUUAAAUAUCAUACAGCAUGCUUUUGUAGGGCUGUAUAAUAUUGACCAAUUCAUCAUCAGAAACGUAACAGCAAACAUUAUUAAAUCAGAUGCCUUCAGUGCAAUUUCAGCAGUUAAUCAGUUCUUGAUUGAAGAUAGCACAUUCCACGAAGUAGAGCAGUUUGCAUUCGCUAUUCAAAAUAUUACAACUUUCAAUAUCAUAAACACUGAAUUCCAUACAAUGGCAAACUAUUCGUUAUUGUUGCACAAUGUUAAGGAUGUUCUUUUUGACAAAUGCGUGUUUCAUGAGACUGAAAAUGGCUCAUUUGUGUUUUCGUUUGUGGAUUCUGUGUGUUACAAGAAUUGUCAAUUCUCGGAAAUCGAAACGACUGCUUUCCACAGUAAUCCUUUAAAUGUGUUUAGCAUUACAGAUUCAUAUAUAGAAAAUCUGAAACCAGAGGCAUUUGGAGGUCUUGAUAUACAACAAUCAUUUAUUUUCACAGAUAAUACUGUUGAUAUAACUUAUGAUAAUUCGUUCAGUAUUUUCGCUACAACGUUUAAUGAAAUCAAUAUGAGUUAUUGUUGUAACACUUUUACAUGCGACUGCAACAUAUUCUGGAUGUGGGGUUUGAAAUAUCUCGAUAAAAAUAAUACAAUGUUAGAAAACAGUUACUGCAGUGAUAAAAAGAUUCCUAUAACUUCAUAUAAACCAGUAAUGGAUUCUAACAGUAACUGCAUGACUCUUGAAUUGAAAUACCAACCGAAAAAACAAUCCUUAGAAGCGGAUAAAAUAACCGCAGAUUGCAAAGGCGAUGAAUGUCUUUCAAGUGCCAUUUCAUCUGCUGGAUGGCAAAUCAAGUUAGCAUUCCGAACUGUGUUAUGCUCACUGUUCAUCAUCAAGUUAUUGCAAUCAUAUAACAUUAAUUCAUAGGUUACCAUGCAGAUCAUAUGCGAAAUCAAUUUUAGAAUUUAAUUGGUUAGGGAUGGUAAAAACCAUUUCAUAUAAAUUAGUGUGAGGAGUGUUUCAUAAAUGGAUUAAAUUGAAAAGAGCGCUUAAACUUUCAGAGAACAUUUAAGUGGACAAAAACUGCAUGUAUAAAGAAAGCAAUAAUAUGCAGGUUGAAUAAAAACCUACUCGCUCCGGAUUAAAGGUUGAUAGAAUACUGAAUGUAUAAAGAAAGAAUUAAUAUGCAGGUUGAAUAAAAACCUCUGCGCACAGGAUUAAAGGUUGAUAGAGUAUUCUAUAAGAAGCAUUCGUUUUUGUAGUUAUGUGCUGAUUGAGGUGCUCCAUUCAGGAGCCAACGAAAAAAAAUAUAUAAGAGGAAAUAUAACUUGUUACUUUACAGCAUCGUCGGCAAGUGCUUUAACAAAACAAUUGGUCGAAGUUCCACUCACAACAGUAAUACAAACUUCGAAGUAUUGAUGGGAUGUUCGAACAUUAUUUUUGAAGAGAUUUCAUUUAGUAUCUAAUCACACGAAAUUCCAUGGAAGCUGCUGUUUUGUAAUAAAUUUCUGACUUCUUUAAAAUUCUGUAUAAAUUAUUUUAAUGUCAAAUAUGUCUUAUUGUUUAACGUUGAAACUGAACGAUAUUAUUAUAAAAAUCGUAAAAAAAUAUAUACUUGGCAAAAAAGUUAUUUGUAAACAAUUUAUGUUUGCUUACAUGUUUAUCUGUCGAGUGUUUGCCUUAAUCGGUCAGUUCUGUCCUUACCUUCUUGUGAAAAAAUAGGCUUGUAAUGUAUUUUUCCUUCCUUUGAAAUUUUAUCCAUGAAUUCUGAUAUAUCCCAGUUAUUACAUGAUUUUAAAAUGCUUAUGAGUGACAUGACUAGAAUUAUCUGCAUUCAUUCAUUGUUGCUCCAAAAUAACUGCUAACUGAAAUAGUUAAGCUUUUUGUUAUUAAGAAAUUUAAUUUUAUGAUAAAUCCUGAAUACCUGCUUGAGAAUUUAAUUUGUUGAAAAAGAAACAAAAUUGCCUUUAUAAAUCAAAAAUCGGUUAAUAUUUGUAUCAUUUAAAUUAUUUUAUACGUAAGUAGUUUAUUCAGUGGAUUUGUUUCCUUUGUGAAACAGAGAACCGAAUGUACAAAUGUAUCGUUAACUGCAAAACAUUUUUCAUGCGAAGAAGUGAAAUGUUUCAUUUUUUAUUAAAUGAAUAUCAUAAUUUUUCAUUUCACUUUUGUUUCAUUUAAGUAUAUGAAAGUGUUAAAAUGCUCUCAAAAAUAUUUUUGUAAAAAAGAUUAGUAUUAAUCCUUGAAGUAAGCCUAUACAAUACAGUUUUAGUUAGUUCUUCACAAAAAAUAGUAUUUUAAAUUCUAUUUCUCAUACUUUUCUGUAUUUUACAUAGAAUUCCAUAUUUAGGAGUAUUAUUUAAGUAUUUAAUAUUUAAAAUUGUAAAAUAUCUCAAUCGAAGUCCUAUAAGUAUCGAUAAAAUGAUUUGUUUGUAUUUAAUUUGAAAAUGUAUUUAAUUUGUAAAGGCAAAAUAUAUGUGAAACAUGCAUCAUUUAUAAAAAAAUAAAUCAGAAUUUGAGAAUAUAAGUAACUCUUAAUAGUUUUUUACGGUUUAAAUAUGAAUAUUAUUCCGCAAAAUAUAUACAUACUGUUGAUAUAUCAUAGUCAUAUCAUUUUGUAAUGUAUGCGUUUCAUUUCUUAUGUUUCCAUCUUCUAUACAUGCGUAAAUGAAACGGAAUGUCUAGAACAUGUUCCUAUUUACGAUGACAGUAUUCUAUGUACUACUUAUUUCAUUCAUUAAAUACUUGUCUAGUAUUUGCAUUGAUAUUAUAGGAUUAAAGAAUUCUUUUUAGUAAUUUUGUUUACUGUAACGUAAUAAUUCCAUGAAACAUAUUUUAUUGUGGAAAAGAAAUUUGUUAAAAACAAAUGUUGUUUAUAAAAUAAAGAAACGGAAAGAAUGAAAGAAUUACAUUAUCUUUUUUUCUAUGUGAUGAUAUUUUAAAUCAACUGCGUACAAAUAAAAAAGAUGGAAAAAAUCACAGACUUUUACUGUA